UGCUGGAGACUAACUUCACUUCUUCAGCUCAGCAGCAGACCAGCUCCUCCCUCCAUCACCAACUAUGGCCAGCAAACAUGCCCCAAAAGGUCACCGAUCAGAAUCAAACACGUACGAUAACGAUGUACUCCGGAUUGUGAUGGUGGGCAAGACCGGAGCUGGGAAGAGCGCCACAGGAAACACCAUUCUGGGAAAAGAGUUCUUUCCAUCAAAGUUCUCUUUUAAAUCCUUGACUGUAAACUGUUCUAAGGCCAUAGGUGAAGUUGAUGGACAAAUAGUUAAGGUUAUUGACACUCCUGGUCUGUGUGACACCAAGAUUGAUGAAAAGACCACCAGAAAAGAUGUUGGUAAGAGCAUUUCUUAUGCUUCUCCUGGACCCCAUGUCUUCCUGGUCGUCAUCAGACUGGGCAGAUUCACAGAUGAAGAAAAGCAGACAGUGCAGAAGAUUCAGGAAAUCUUUGGAGAGGAAGCGAACAAAUACAGCAUGGUUCUCUUUACCCACGGUGACCUGAUUGGAGACCAACCUAUCGAAGAGUUCUUGAAGGAAAGCGAAGAGCUGCAGGAACUUGUGGACAGAUGUAACGGCCAGUGCCACGUCUUCAAUAAUGCCCUGAAGGAUCGUUCUCAGGUCAGAGAGCUGCUCGACAAGAUCAGAAAGAUAGCAGAUAAGAACGGAGGAAGCCAUUACACCAAUGACAUGUUCCAGAAGGCAGAGAGGGCCAUAGAAGAGGAAAAACAACGGAUCCUUGAAGAGAGAGAAGAAGAAAUACGCAAAAAGGAAGAGGAAUUUCAAAAGAGAUUAGAUAAAAAGAAUGAGGAACAAUUACAAAAGAUCAAAGAGGAUGGUGAGAGGUCAGCAAGGCAGAAAGAAGCUAGCAAAAGAGAAAUGGAGGAUGAGAAGAACAGAAUAAGAGAAGAGGAGGCAAGGCUGAGAGAAGCUAGCAAAAGAGAAAUGGAGAAGGAGAGAAAGAGAAUAAGAGAAGAGGAGGACAGGAAGGCCAGGAAGGAAGCUGAGGACAACCCUGGGAUAAUUGACGGGAUUUGUUCCAUUGCGAAAGCAGGUUGGAACAUGUUAACUUCUUGGUUUUGAUAAACUAACAGUUGCGCAGGUUUCCAUGAUACAGCCUGACCCGCUGGAAUACCUCCCUGUUAAUCUUCACAGUCACCUUUUUGAUUUUGUUGUUUGAUGUGAUUUAUAGUAAUAUCAGUUAUUUUAGUGGUGAGUUGCAAUUAAAUACUAACAGGGUGACUGAUUGUCAACAACCAAGAUGUUAACAUUCUAAACUAUAGUAAUGUAGUAAUGUAGUAAUUUGUUCUUUGAUAGCUUUUGCUUUUACAAGAAAAAAGUAUAACGAAUUAUAUAUCAUGAAUUAAUGCUUUUAAGAUGUUAUAUUGAUAUGUUUUCUUUGGCUUUCCUGUAACUGGCGUAAUGUUGGCUUCUGUCAAAUCAAAAGGUUAAAAUGUGUGUAUGCAAUGAAUUGUGUAAUUCAAUAUGAAAAGUUUGGAACAGAAAUUAAUGUGUAAAGACAAACAUAGUAAUCAAUAAUGUCCUAUAAUAAAAAACUGUUGACUUCAAAUUGAAUGUGCUUUUGUUGUUUAAUAAAGGAUUUAAAAUAAA